GGGCUAUGUUACAACGAUACCGUACUCCACGACCUCUGGCUACUGCUGGGCUCACUAGGUCCGAGCUGUGGACUCAAGGGCUUCAUCGAACUGCUGCAAGUCAAUCAAACGAACUACGAACCCCCACUGUUGCUACUGUCGCUGUUUUGUGACUGUAUGACCCACUAUGUCACUAUCCUGGACGACCUGGAGAUGUACGAACAGCAGACCCCGUUCACUCUGAGCGAUUACAUCGCGCUGUCACAUUUCCUCAACACAUUCCUCUAUCGAACGAUUCAGGAUCAGAUUUUCGACAUGAAAACCGUAACCAGUGCACCGCUGUUCAUCUCCACGCACACACUGCUGCUUUGUUUGUACCGUCGCGAUUGUCGGCGCUCUUUCGCGCCCCAGAAUCAUUGGCUCAUUCGAGACAUUCGACCGUCACACUUCCUGACCGAUCUGGAGAAGGGCAAAAAGCACACCCAGAUUCUGCUCCAGAAAAUGCCCCACAUUAUUCCACACGAAGAUCGCGUCCAGCUCUUCCGGAAGUUUGUACAAAAUGAAAAGGCCGUUCUUGGACUGACCGAAUCGGCGUGUGCUUCCCCGAGUUCGGCUUUGGUUACGGUACACCGAGAUCGGAUCGUUGAGGAUGGCUACAGACAACUGGCCGCGCUGCCGCCACAUGCACUGAAGGGCGUCAUACGGGUUCGCUUCGUCAACCAGCAGGGGCUGGAUGAGGCCGGUAUCGAUCAGGAUGGUGUCUUCAAAGAGUUUCUAGAGGAAACAAUCAAACGGGUGUUUGACCCGUCUCUGAAUCUGUUCAAAACUACCACCGAGCAGCGGCUGUAUCCUUCGCCAACGUCUCACAUGCAGGAAAAUCAUCUCCAGCUGUUCGAGUUUGUCGGUCGAAUGCUGGGGAAGGCGGUCUACGAGGGUAUAGUUGUGGACGUACCUUUCGCUUCGUUCUUCCUAUCGCAGGUCCUGGGUCAGACGCAGCAGGCCCUCUAUAGCUGUAUGGAUGAGCUGCCCUCGCUGGAUAAGGAGCUGUAUCGGAGUUUGACGUUUAUCAAACACUACCAGGGCGAUGUGGCGGACCUGGAUCUAACGUUUAGCGUUGAUGAGGAUGUUAUGGGGAAGAUUGUUACGCACGAGUUGUACCCGGGAGGCAAAGCUCGUGCCGUUAACAAUGAUAAUAAGAUUAACUACAUCCACUAUAUGGCGUAUUUCCGCAUGCACACACAAAUAAGGGAUCAGACGGCCGCGUUCAUACGGGGCUUUCGGUGUAUCGUGAAUCCGGACUGGUUGGCUUUGUUUUCAACGCCAGAGCUCCAACGUCUCAUCUCCGGGGAUACGGCACCGCUGGAUCUGAAGGACCUACGAAAGCACACUCAAUAUUACGGAGGUUUCCACGACGGGCAUCGGGUGGUCGGUUGGCUAUGGGAUAUAUUAGCCAAAGAUUUCAGCGAGGAAGAGAAAAAGUUAUUUCUGAAG